AGUGCCACUGAAACUUUCGUUAAAUCCAAACCUGAACCGCGUAAAACCAAAUUACAAAAAUGAGUAAUAGAAAAUUUCCAAAAUAUUUAAAAGAACUUGAAUAUGAAAUUUCUGCAAAGUUAAAACUAAUAAGAAAAACCAACAGUGAGUUAUUGGAAAUGAAGCAGCUGUACACAGAUCAAGUUUUAGAGAUUUUUCGAACAGCGCUUCAAUAUUUAAUAAGUCACACAGUUACGUAUGCAACAGUGCUAAAAAGUAUUAAAACUGCUUAUGAUAACGCUAUAGAAAUACGGGAUGAAAGAAUUUCACAGUUUAUCGUACAGGAUAAAGUCUUCGGAAUAUCUGUCAAAAAGAAACAACGGAAUGAUCAAAUUCAAAACUUGCUCAAAGAAAAUAAUGAUCUCAAAGAAAAAAACAAUAAAUUAGUAUUAGAAAUGGAUAAAUUAAAAAAAGAAUUUGGAAAGAUGAAAGAUGACAAAUUCUCCGACUACCUCUCUUUGAUGAAAGAGCGAGAUGCAAGAUACGCUUUAUAUUUCGAAAACCUAACUCUUCAAACGAAGCUUAAAGACCUUGAUGGUUCAUUUUGCCCGUCCAAUGAUGCAUAUGGAGAUCCUGUGGUGCUGAGGAUAGCCCUGGAUAGAUGCAGAGAACAACUGUCUGCGACUCAAACUAGUUUGAAGAAGAUGGUGGAAGAGUACUCAAAUACGGUACCUCGGAGAGAGUACGAUGCGCUGGAGUCUAAGCACGACUCAGUAUUGAAAAACUUAUCAGCUUUGGAAGCAGAAGUUAAAAGUUUACAAGAAGCACAUAGAAAGCUUUAUGCAUCGAAGAAGUCGUUAGAAGAAGAGUUAUCUGAAGUGAAGGAGCGCUGCAGCGAACUGGAGCGAGCCGGCACUCCUCGCCCGCACUGGGACCUCUGUGCUGACUUCAUCGGAGGUGGACGAAACCGCUGGUGGCAACUGGCGAGCGGCCUGACGUCACGGGACACGCUCCGAGUGCUACUUAAAGAGUUAGGUCCGGCCGCCGAGAGCGAACACUUGGAGUAUUUUGAUGGACUCGGCAUGGACCCCUCGAUACCUACAUACCUGCGCUACGAAGGCAAGGUGCGGAACCUGCGACUCUCGCGACGGGAGAUCAGCGUCAUCAUCAACGACAUCUGGCUCGGGAAACAACAACACAUGUCCAUGUCCAUGCAGGAUUACGUCACCAAGUAUUUUGAAGAUAGGUACCAGCAGGCUUCGGUCCGAGCCGAAUGGGCGUACAACCUGUGCGCUGGCGCCGAGCAGCUGCUAGACGACCCGCAGGUGCGACUGUUCUGGGGCACCGCGCAUGCGCAGCUCAGCGAGCACGUGUACUGGGGCCUGCGGACGCACUGGCGCGCGCUGCGGGACCAGCUGUACCGACACGCUGACGGCCGGGAGACCAUUUCCAUUGAAGAAUUCGAGAAAGUUGCGAAAGCUACGUUCCCGUUGAAGAGUGAGGUCGAUAUCAAAAACUUAGUGGACGUGGUGAGGAAGCAGCUCAAACUGAAGAUCAACAACCAGCUUAUAUGCCUGGACAAACUUUUCUAUGAGAACGAAGAAGGCUUCGAGAGAAUAGAACUGGCCAAGGAGUUGUACAGACAGCGGAGGCUUGCUCAGGACCGGUACAUCCGCGAGCUAGUCGCCACCUUGGGAGGGAAACAAGCCGCCAACAAGCCUGUCACUGUGGACGCACUGAAAAGGGCCUUCGCAUUGCUCGACCCAGCUAUCGAUCAUAUUCGCAUGGAACGUUACAUACGCUGGGCGUUCUCGGAUAACACUUCUGAUUUGAACAACAUCUGUGCAAUACCACUGAGAACACUCACAGGAAGACUGGCUGCGGGAGACAUAGAGAGAGUGGGGCCGAGGUAUAAGAGCAUUAGGAGGACUUACAAGUAACAAAUAUUGUAAAAGUGAUAGACGAAAUUAAAUAUUUAGAAAUUUUACCAAAAACUUAACUGUUCAAAUGUUUCUUGUUAUAAAUUUUUAGUUCACUUUUAAUAAAUUAAUUGUUCACAUCAAUAUUUAAUUUACAUUAUAGAUAAAUGAAUUAAUGCAAUAAA